UGUUUGUUCAUGGCGGACAUGUGAGAAGUGUUGACAUAAAUUCGCAUGUUGUAAACAAGGACUGUCAAAUCAAGCUCUGUUGCUACACAAUCAAGAUGGAAAUCGACAUUCAAGAUGAAAUUAACAGAGACGGCAUAGUUUUCUACUCUGUUUUAUAUUCAACCGUCACCGUUGCUUUUGCAAUGGCAGUUCUUUCGAAAUUCUUGACGAACGAAUUUAGAUUUGGAUUUCGUUCGUUUCUAACCCUUGUAAUUUUAUUUUUAGGCGAGCCACUUUGUCAAUUUUUAGUGAAAGGCCCGAGUGGUUUAGCCAUUUUCACCGUUGGGUGUUUAUUUAUUUACUCCAUAUUACCUGCAAAUCAUCUGCGGGCGGAGAAGAAAGCUGUUCUCAUAACUGGUAAUUAUUAUUUAAAAUUUGCAAAAUUAGAAAAGCCCCCCCAAUCAACACACAUUUUUUUUUUAAAGGUUACAUGCAGGCCCAGGUACCAUACAGUUACAGAAAAAUUAAUAACAAUAAAUUGGAGUAGCGGGGAAAGUUUUCAAUUGGCUUUUUCAAAAUAAAAUAAGCCAUGUCAUAGAGAUAUACUUUCUAUAUUUAAAAAUAUACAGUUAGAGUAUAACUUAUACAGUACAGUAUACCUCAAAAUUUGAUUCAGAUGAAAAUGAAAGAUCAACAUCUGCUCUUUUUGGUGGUAUUGAAAUUGUGGUGGUAAAACUUAAAAUAAGUUUACGCUCUUGAAAUCGUUCUCUUAUUCUUUAAAAAAAAUAUUGAGCACCCGUUGAGUACCACUUCUCACUCUAUAAUUAUAAUAAUAUUUUACUUUACCAACUUAACAAAAUAUAGCAACAUAUCCUCAAUCCUGUCUGUGUAUAAUAAAUAAGAAAGAUUAUAUAAUUGCCAAGGUUUAAUGAUUGGUCAAUGUGAAUUUAUUUUUUUAUUGUUCUUUUUUAUACUAGCAUUUCAUUCUCAAGUCUUAAAAGUUAAAGAUUCAUCUAAAACAUUAUCACUAUCACAUUUUAAAUUUAAGUUAAAAAAUAUAUUUUGACUUAUUAGCCAGAUGACAUUGUUGUGAUUAUGUGCAUACUGGGAGAAAAGCUUUUAAAAAGGAUUCUUCUUUGAAAAAAAUAAUUUCAUGGUAAUGUUAGCCAUUUAUUCAGACAUUUUUGUUUUUAAACAUUGCAUUUUUACAAUAUUUUCCUUAUCCAAACAAAAAUUUUUUAAAAGGAUUUCUUGAGAUUUUGAAGCAUAUUAAUGUUUAUAAAGAUUAAAUCAAUUUUUUGGGAUUUAAAUUAAAUUUUUAAAAUUUAAAUCCAAUUUGUUCCUUGAACUUAAUUUUUUUCUUCUUCUUUUAAAGGACCGCUGUAGAUUUUUUAAGUACCGUAUAUUGAUAGUUAUAAAGAUUGAACAUGAUUUAGUUAAUGGUAUUUAAAUUAAUUUUUAAAAUAAAAUUGGAUUUUGUAUUUAAAUGGGAUUUUAAAAAGUUAAAGAUAAAACCUAAUUUUUUUUUUUAAAAAGGGAAUUUCUUUAGAUUUGAAGUAUAGGCUAUUAAUUUUUAUUAUUCGUACACAUUAUGUAGUUAAUACUAUUUAAAUCAAUUUUGUUGGAUUAAAAGUGGAUUUUAACAUACCGAUUUAAAUUUAAGUAAAUUAUCAGAAAAAUAAAUAAAAUAUUUACCGCAAGUCCUUCUGAAUGGAUUUUAUUCAUGUUUCCAAACUAAAAUUUGUCUUUAUAUUAAAAUGAUUAUGAAAUGUAAAAUAAUUAACUAAAAAACGUUUUAAAAACUUAUAAUCAAUACUCUUAAUAUUAUAGUCUAUCUAAGCUACAUAAAUAAGUAUUUCAAUUCAGUUUCACACUUUCAAUUGCUCAAUUUUAACAAAUUGUCAUUCAUCAAAGUCAUUCAAUUCCAGCAAAACUUUGAACAGAAAAAUCAUAAUUAUACAUUAAUAAAUAAUAUAUUUUGUUACUAUUAAAUACAUUUUAAAUAAUACAUUACAACUACCAGAAGUUUUAGUUUAACAUGUGCCUUUUAAAUAUAAAUAGAUUAGAUAAAUAUAAUUCAAAUAAAUUUUUAAAUUUAAAUCAUGAUUUUUAUUUAUCAGAUUUUAAUCAUGAUAAAUCAUCUCAAUCCUACUGACUAGUGUUUUUUUUUAAAAUCAGCAUUGUUGAUUUACCAGUUGUAAAAAUCUAUAACGUCCCGUGGCUAUUCCUUUGCAUUCUACUCCAAUUUACUGUAAACUUUAACUGCUUUUUAAAAGCAGCAUCACAGUGCUUCAGUCAAUAAUUCAGUUUAAAUAAGCCAUAAAAUGUACAUCUUUCACUUUCAGGUUGUGAUAGUGGUUUUGGUCAUGCUUUGGCACUAAAGUUGGAUAGCAUAGGUAUGCUGGUGUUUGCUGGUUGCUUGGAAGAUCAAGGCCCUGGAGCGAUUGAGCUGAGAAACAAGUGUUCUAACAGGUUUCCUUUUUUCUGGACUUAACUCAUAUGAGACUGUGUAAACCUUUGCAUUGUAUUUUUACCAUUUUCAGUAAAUGAUACUCAAUGAUAGUGAAAGGAAAAUAUAGUAAAGGACAUACUGUUACAUUGACCCAUACUUUUAAGCUGCCUUGCUUAUCUGUGGACUAUUGAGGCUUAUUUUUUGCUGACAUUUCAGGCUUCACAUUCUGAAACUUGAUGUCACAAAUUCUAAAGACAUUGAGGCAGCUUCAUGUUACAUCAAAACAAAAUUGGGAGAGGAAGGUUUGUAUCCAUGGCUAAUUAUGCAGCUAUCUCAGAUGGUUCUUUUAAGCUGGCUUUGUUUGAUAAGAUAAUGUUACUAAAUUUGAAUGAAAAAAAUAUAAAAUUUCUUCUUUUAUGGGUCGUACCACAAUAAUUAAUAAAGUAAAUUAUAGUUUUUGAAUUAUUUAGUAUUGUAAGAGUGGUAUUGAAAUCCCAAUUUUCUUGAAUAGUUUAUUUGCUUCAAUCUUGUUGUAAAUAGCUUUUCCAUUACUCCCAUACUCAUUCAAUUUAUUGCCCCAACUCAGUUUUUUGUUCUCUUAAAAAGUCCUGUAGCUAAAUUUAAAAUCUAACAAACUCUGUUAAAUAGUUUAAAAAAUAAAUAAAAAUUUAACCUAGAACUUUGCAUUUUCAUAUUAAAAACCACCUUUUGAUUUCACUAUAUAAGUUAUGUGUAUUUUGGCCCUUUUUAUUUUCGUAUAUUGCCCUAACUGUUCUUUUAUCGCCUUUCAGUAGAGUAGUUGCUAAAUAUUUAAUUAGGAUCUGUAAAUCAUGCAUUUAAAAUUAAUUAUUUUAGGCCUGUGGGGUUUGGUAAACAAUGCUGGUGUCUGGUGUUUUGCUGAGCUAGAAAUGACAUGUGACAAAAUGGUGCAAAAAAUAAUGGACGUGAACCUAUUUGGAGCAAUUAGAGUCACCAAGGCCUUCCUACCUCUGAUAAAACAAGCCCAUGGGAGGGUGAUAAAUGUUUCAAGUCUUCUGGGUAAGAGCUAGUAAAUGAAUCUGCCAGAUUUCCUUGUUAGCAAAUUACAUUUUGCGCUUAAAAUAGAAACCAAUUAACUUAUUUAAAAUUAGACCUCGAGCUUAAUCUCUUUUGAACAUAGUUAAAAUUCUUGCAGAUGGUUGUUGUGGUUUUUAAAAAUAUUUAAAAAUUAAAAGAAACAAAUGAUUUAUUCAAAUUUUAAUUAUUAAUCAAGGCUAUUUUCAUGAAUAUUAUUUAAAUGUUCAGUUUUCUUCUGCUCGUUUUUCACUGUAACAUUCUGCAAAAAAAAUAUGUCUUUACUAAAAUACACACAAUUAUUUGUGUCAAAAAUUCCUAAUCUUUAACAGUGGCUGAUGUUGCAUCUCUCUUUUUAAAGGUAGAGUAUCUAUUGAAGGCAAUGGUGCUUACAGUAUGUCCAAGCAUGCCCUAGUGGCCUAUACAAACACUCUGAGGCUAGAGAUGAAAAAAUGGGGUGUGGACGUCUCAGUUGUUGAGCCAACUGGUUAUUACACAGGUAAGCGUGAGUUUUGUAGCUAAGUUUAAAUUACCUGGGCUGAGCUUUGUAGAUCGAUUUUAAUCAUUGAUCACUUUAAAAAUAAAGUACUUUAAAAAAUCAAGUUUAUUUGUAUAGAUCUGUAUGGUAUAUUAAAAAAAACAAAUGUUUUUAAAGGAUCCUGAUAUUAAGUUAUAAGGAGUAAAUAUUUUGUAAACAUUGCCUGGGUCAAACCAAGUUUUUUGUAGAUGCUGUUGAUUUUAUACUAAAUAUGUCUGAAGUCAUAGUCAUUGGACAAUUUUUAAUUUUUUUGUGUACUUAAAAACCAACAGGUAACAUGCAGGAAUAUACCCUAAGGAAAAAAAAGGAAGAAGUAUGGGAUUCAUUAGAUGAGCAGACAAAACAGGUCAGUAGACUCAUUGUACCUGUCAUGUUUACAUUCUCUUAUAGCCGAAACUUGUGUCCACAACUAAUUUAUUUAUUUUUUUUUUUUAAAUCUAUCUCAUUACUGUAACCACCACUUCUACAUUGAGAUUUGAAGUUGUAAUUAAUGUUGAGGACUAUCAUUUGUCUAAUUUGAACUUCAUUUUAUGACAACCUCUCUUUAUCUUAAUUGUUAUGAAUCACUGAACAGAGAUUUAGCAUUGGCUUGUUCUAGAAUGGUCUAAAAAAAUUUUCAUUAAAAAUCAUAUGGGGAAAAAAACAAGUUUCCAGAUUAAUUUUUUUCUCUUACAUUAUAACAUUAUUGGCGUUAUUUUAUUUAUAACAAGAGAUUUCAGUUUCAUAUUUGUUGCCCAUUCUAAAUUUUGUAAUGUUUGAUUCAGACUUUCUAUGCAUUAUUCCAAACUAGGUGUAUGGCAAAGAGUAUCUGGAUGCCAUAUAUGCCCACAUAGAGGCUGCUGUCCAAAAGUAUCCUAAAGAUCUCACCCCUGUCAUUAGGUGCAUUCGCAGUGGCCUGCUGUCCAAAAGACCCAGAGAACGUUAUCCCUGUGGUACAGGGGCAGAGUUAAUUAUUUGCCUUUAUCCCAUAUUGCCAGUUUGGCUUGCAGAUUAUGUUUCAAACUGCAUCAGCAUGGUGCCCAGGCAGUUGCGUCCAAGUUCUUGUCCAGAAGUUAAAUAAAUCCAACAAAUGCUUGUGUGCUUGAGGAAAUCUACUACAACAAUUUCAAAUUAAAUUUUAAAAAAAAAUUGAUUUGGUCAUUAAAGAGAAUAGAAUGCAACCCCAUAUAGGCAGAUAAAAUUUUAUAUUUAACAACCCAACUCUAUGCUUGCUAACCAAUAAGCUACAAGGGUAAAAUUGUUGUAUAGAUUGUUUCGGAUAUAAAGUGAAUUAGGUUGAUAUUUUCAAAC